GGUUGGAUCCUGUCUCUGGUUGAUCUCCAGCGUCACCUCUUGCAUCGGCCGACAUCACAACCCGGCCACCCGCAGCGACUCUGCCUCCCGCUUCCUGCUCGCCCAACAUCAUGGCUGCUGCAGCCAAUACAAACUCUCUCUUUGCCGAGCUCGAGAAGCUUUGCCACCAGGGCAACCACGAAGCUGUCCUCAAGCAGUGCGACAAAAUCCUCAAGCUCCUUCCCGACGAUCGCGAUGUCGUUCAUGUGAAGAGCAUCACGCUCAUCCAUCUGGACCAACACCAAGCCGCCAUCGACCUGCUUUCGAGCACCUCGCACUCGGAUCUUUUGGAUGCCCUUCUAUACGAGCGAGCCUACUGCCUGUACAGGCUGUCGUCCCUCGAGGAGAGCCUGGAUCUUGUUCGCUCCUUCAGCGCAAAGGAUGGUUCCCCUGACCAAUUCAACCACUUUCGCCACUUAGAGGGCCAGAUUCUUUUCAAACUUGAGCGCUAUGCCGAGGCACUGGAGCUCUACCCCGAAAUCGUCAGCGCUACCGAGGAGUCCGAUCCUUAUUACCAGGAGGUUCUUUCCAACCUUGCUGCAGUGGAAGCGGCGACGGCGAUUGCUGCCUCGUCCGACUCGUGUGAACCCGGUCCCUCUCAGUACCAGGAGGUGUCCGAAAAAUCCAUCUACGAACUCAGCUUCAACCAGGCAUGCAAAAGCAUCGCUUCUGGCGAUUACGACGACGCCGAGCGUCGCCUGGUUUCGGCCAGGGCCCAAUGUCGCAAGAGCCUCCAGGACGAAGACUACUCCGAGGAGGAGAUCGAGCGAGAGAUUUCUCCGAUCGCGCUGCAGCUUGCUUGUGUCUAUCAGCUACAGGGUCGAACCGAAGAGGCCUCGGAGAUAUACACCGGCAUCCUCAAGUCCGACAUCGACGAUGUUGCAGUCAUUGCAAUCGCCUCCAACAACAUGAUGGCGAUCAAGAAGGAUCACGAUCUGUUUGAGUCCUCCAAGCUCUACAAGCAAACAACCGCCCCUGCUCUCAAGGCCAAGUUUACCAGCCCCCAGAAGGAGAUUGUGGCCAUGAACGGCGCUUUGCUGUCUUUGCACAUGAAAAAGACUGCGGCCGCCAGGGACAGCGCUCGUGCUUUGAGUGAUGAGUUCCCCGAGAACGCCACUCCCUUGUUGAUCUUGGCUUCGAUUUCUCUGCUUGAGAAGAAGGAUGCCCAUGCUCUCGAGGAUUUGAAGGGAUUCUGUGCCAAGCUGGACUCGAAUGUCGAGCUCCAUCUGUGCCUUGCGCAGCUGCAGAUCCAGGCAGGACUCUACCAGGAAGCUCUCGAAACCCUGGAGGGUCUCUACAGCCGGACCUCGAACCCUGUUCGCUACCAGCCUGGCCUGGUGUCGCUGAUGGUGUGGCUUUAUGGCCAGAUCUCAAACCAUGGCAAGGCCGUGACACUCUUGGAGCGUGCCACUGAAUACUGGAAGAAAACCAGCGGAAAGUUGACCAACGACAGUGCCCUCCUCAGACAGUUUGCUGACUUCAAACUCCGCUCGAACAAUGUCGAGGAGGCCGCAAAGGAUUACGAGCGCCUUGUGAAGCAGAACCCGCAGGACAUUGAGAGUGUGGCCAAGCUGAUCAUUUGCUACUCGCAGUUCAACGUCGGUCUUGCCCAAAAGUACCAGAGCUAUCUGCCGGAAGCGUCCUAUGAUGCCACCGUCGUGGAUGUAGAGGCUCUCGAAGCCCAGUUUGGGCAGAAGAAGGCGUCUGGCAGCGGAGCCGCUGCCAAUGUCGAAAAGAUCAAGAUGAGACGCAAAAGAAAGCCCAUGAUGCCAAAGAACUACGACCCCAACGUCACUCCCGAUCCUGAACGUUGGCUCCCUAAGCGUGAGCGAACCACCUUUGUGCGGAAGGGCAAGGCCAAGAAGGAGCUUGGCAAAGGUCCACAAGGUGUCAACAUGGAAGGCGGUGGUAUCGGCGGAACUGGUAGUGCCAACAUUGGCGGCAAGUACAAAAGCGCCGAUAAGACCAAGCCCGAACCCGUGCCGGAGCCUGUGGCCGAGCCUGUGGCGGAGGCCGCCGCUGUCAAGCCCGCACAAAAGUCUUCCCAAAACGAAGGGGGCUCGUCCAAGAAGAAGAAGAAGGGCAGAAAGUAGGCUAUCCGACAGCAGUCAAUCGAAUAUAUGUGCCACCUGAUCCAGGCACAUCCACACGACACCCAAGUCCGUUGGAUCGGGCCUGUACGAGUCUUGCCAAUAUACAGGUUGCGUGAUGCCUCGACAGCACGCGCUGGAUACGGU